CAGCUGCACCGCCGUCGUGGCUCGCUCGCUCGCUAGCUCGUUCGCUCGUGCGCACACGCGCCGUCUGCGCGCGCGUAUUUCUCUCCUUUUUUCUGUCUCGUUCUCUCUCUCUCUCUCUCUCUCUCUCUCUCUAUCUAUCUAUCUCUCCCUUUUUCGCUAUCUCUCUCUUUUUCUUUCCACCUCUCUCGAUAGAAUUUCGCGUAUUUACUACGUGUGCGUGGUCAAACGACGCUGGCUUUUACGAGCUGCGUGCUCGUAAGGAAAUCCUUCUGAAACGGAUCAUCGAUGUGCUCGUGUUAAUCUCGACGAAUCCAUGUGAUGAUAUAUAUUCGUUUUUCCUUUUUUGUUUUUUUUUUGAAAAAAUAUUUCAAGUGAUCGACGAUAAUUUUUCGUCCUUUCGUCGAUAUUUUCUGUGUGGUUAGUAGAGAGAGAUCUCGUUUUAUCGAGGAUCACGAUCACCGGGAAGGAUAAUUCGGUCGGUCGAAUCGUGAAGGUUUGACAUUUCGCAAAUGUCAGACACGAGAGGCAACGUCGUAUUCGACUUGUAAUAGUCGAGUGUCGAACGCGAACCCGCUAACAAUAACAGAGAACGAUAACGGAGAGAGAGAAAACCGAACGGUGUACGUUCCAGGUGUUACCUCCUCGAGUUGUGUGAGACAUGUGAUCGUGAACGAAAGAGUUUUCUAUUUUUUGGUUCCUCGAAGAGAGGAACUACUAAGACCUCUCUUUCUUACGUUUAUUACGAUCGAGGAAAAAAUAUUUCAACGCUUAGAAAAUUCGACGACAUGGAUUGGAUGAGGAGACAGGAUAUCAAGGAGGAGUCAGCGGAAACUCCUGCCGUCCUGACGCCGGAAGAUGCCGACGAAUGUUACUUCGAGGAAGAUACGUCGAUAGACGAGGGCAUGGGUCUCGAUAAUGUGAGCUCGGCAACCCUCAGGCCUUUCAACUCGGACAUCAAUACUCCGAGAAUCGACAGCUACAGGUUUUCUAUGGCCAAUCUCGAAGAUUCGCAAGAUGUCGACCUGGAUGCAAUUCUCGGUGAACUGUGCGCAUUGGAGCGACGUUGCGAUGGUGAUAUCGCGGCUACUCCGGCGCAAGAUUCUCAAAGACAAGGACGUCCCAAUAACGGAAGGAUCACCGCCACCGAUAACACGGAUAUCGGCAAAAAUGAAGGUGGCAUUCGCACGGACAGUCCCGACAACGAUAGCGCAUUUUCGGACACGGUUUCGAUGCUGUCCAGCGAGAGUUCAGCGAGCAGCAGCGGCUCGGGACACAAGCCACCUCAGAGCGCCAUGCAUACGGCUCCUCAACAACAGCCGCAUCAACUUAUGGAUGCCGCGAGCAGAGCGAAAGCCGAGAAGAUACGGCUGGCGUUGGAAAAGAUGAGAGAGGCAAGCGUUCAAAAGCUCUUUAUUAAAGCUUUCACGUUGGAUGGGAGCGGCAAAAGUCUCCUCGUAGACGAGGGUAUGAGCGUGGCUCACGUAUCGAGGCUUCUCGCGGACAAGAAUCACGUGCCAAUGGAUCCAAAAUGGGCCGUAGUCGAACACUUGCCGGAUCUCUUUAUGGAAAGAGUAUACGAGGAUCAUGAGCUAUUGGUGGAAAAUUUGUUACUAUGGACGAGAGAUUCGAAGAACAAGUUGUUAUUCGUCGAGAGGCCGGACAAAACACAACUCUUCCUAACUCCUGAGAGAUUUCUGUUAGGUCCCUCGGAUAGGUGUAGCAACGAAUACGACGAUCAUUCGCGUAAUAUAUUAUUGGAGGAAUUCUUCUCGAGCAGUAACGUCGGCGUUCCCGAGGUCGAAGGACCGUUGUACUUGAAGUCCGACAGUAAGAAGGGUUGGAAAAAGUAUCAUUUCAUACUACGAGCAUCUGGCCUUUAUUACUGGCCCAAAGAGAAAGCUCGUACCGCCAGAGAUCUCGUAUGUUUAGCCACGUUCGACGUGAACCAAGUUUAUUACGGUGUCGGCUGGAAGAAAAAGUACAAAGCACCGACUGAUUUUUGUUUCGCCGUAAAGCAUCCGAGAUUACAGCAACCCAAAUCGACGAAAUACAUAAAGUUUUUAUGCGCGGAAGACAACGCGUCUUUGGAGCGAUGGAUGGUAGGCAUUAGAGUGGCCAAAUACGGUAGGCAGCUAAUGGAGAAUUACAGAACAUUGGUGGACGAGCUCGCGCAGGAAGACCUCGAUCUAUUGGCGCACGCGAGAUCGUGCUCGGUCAGCUCGAUCGCCGUACCACCUAAUCAAACUCAAUAUAAUACGACCAACGACAAUGCUCGGCAAUUCAUCGAAAAUGCAAGGCACGAGACCCAAGCGACGGCGAGGCAAUACGAUGGUCAACAACGGCAGAGUUACAAUUCGGAACAGCGACAAAGUUAUAACAACGAUGGAAGGCUUAGCAGAGCCAGUAGUUCGAGUUCAAGCGGAUGUUUGUCCGAUGGAGCACCGAGUAGUUGCGAGGUGGCCUUCGAGUGUGGAGAAUUUCCAACCGGAACGAUAAAGCGAAAACCUUCCAUGAACCCGAAACUUCCGCUAACGUCGAUCACGAGGCAAUUGAAGGAGGUGGGCGAGACGGUACGCGACGAGCCGGACUCUUGUCCGAGUCCAACCAGCUCUGGUUCAGGUACCUUAACCAGAAGACAUAGCCGCAGAAGAAGCGGUACCGAUUCGGAUGGAUCGGGCACCCUAAAAAGACAUCACAGAUCCGGCAACGCUACUCCGGUCAGUCCUGUACCACCUGGAACGCCGGUGAGAGAGAGAGCCAGUCCUAUGGGAUACGGGAGAACGGAGAGUCAAGAGUCCAAGACGCCGACCAGUCCUAUACAACCGUGUAUGAUGGAUUCUAUCACGUCGCUGCCACCUCCACCGUCGCCCUCGAGAGUCGCCGAAGAAGGGGAAUCGGAUAGCGAACCUUUACCACCGCCACCACCAGAAAUGUUCCGUUCGAAUCUCUCCCUGGACUCGUUACCGCCACCGCCAGGUGUAGGCGAACUUCCAGUUUGUAACACGCCCGAGUUGACUGGCUCCUCGUUGAGUCUCGCUUCCUUACCACCGCCGCCAAGUCCUCUGGUCGGUGAGACCGGCACGAUACGCCGUGCGAGACCGGCGAAAACUUCGAGUCCAGCGAACUCUAUGACACCCGAGAGUACGCCUACGCACGCCGCUUCCUCCAGGCCAUCCAAUAGCAACAAUCAGACGUAUACGAGCGCGACGAGUAUCGCGACGCCAAAUGCUUCUGCUCUUCAAAACAGUCAGAGUUACGGAAGCAGCAGCAACGCCGCGACGAACUCGUCGAAUUCUCCACACAGUUCCUAUCCUGGCUCGAGCGCCAGCACACCGACAUACGCACCGAGUUCGCCAAGUUUCACGUCCCCACCACCCUUCGUUCCACCCCCGGCUUAUGGUUCUCAAGCGCAACAUGUCGGCACGCAAAGCUUAACGAGACAAAAUUCGAAAACCGAGUCGAUCUACGGGAGUCAUCAGAGUGGCCACAAUACCGUACCCAAUCCGAUCAGGCCCAAUCCGAACAUGGACACGGUCAGAAGGAGUGCCAUGAAGCAAGGUACGAGCCAUUAUGCCGCUCCGCCCUAUCUCGCCGAAUUGAAAGCCGCAUCUAGCCCGCAACCGCAGCGUCGAGUGACCAUUCAAGAACCACCGACCUCGCCCAAGUCGAAAGGCGGUACGGGCAAAAAGAUAACGUUCAAUUUACCGGCGCAACAAGAACCCGGUAGUCCAGCGUUGCCGCAAAGAAAGCCAAUGCCACCGAGAAGAUCCGACAGUACCAGAUUGACUUCGCCGAAAAAACUAGCUGCCUCGGAUCAGGCACCACCUGGUGACUUUUUGAAGGAUCUACAACGCGUUAUGAGAAAGAAAUGGCAGGUCGCGCAAAAGUGUAAACUCGACUCGACCACGACGCCCCACGAGGUCUUAGGUUUUCGAGAUCCGCCACCUGCCGUAGCCGACUACAGAGAGACCAAUGUCUCCAAUUGGGUACAGGAGCAUUACGGAGUGGACAAUCUCUAUGAAAACGUUUACACGACGGAUCCGCAUGCACCGCUCGAAUAUGCCUCAAGUCCUGCUCGUCAGCCUACCGUCAGAUUCGCCGACGAAAAUCGUAGCAUCAAUAUCGUCAACGUAAUCGCCAGUAAAAGGAGACCACCUCCGCCACCGCCGAAAAGGGCGGAGACCACACAUCUGACCACGACCAGGGCGAUGCACUGACAAUAGCAGAUAAUACAACCUCAUCCGGAGAGGCGAUGGUAUUGCUGCUUGUGCGGCUGGUGGAAGGACUGAUAAAGGAGAAUUUUUCACCCUUUUCUUCCAUCCCUUUUGUGGUCCAGCGUUAGCUUCGACGUUGCUUCGCCUCGCUACCUGAUUUCAAAACGAAUCGAGAGAGAGGGAAAGAGAGAGAGAGAGAGCACUUUCCUUUUCUCUCUCUUUCACACAUUCUCUCUUUCUCUCACGAAAAGAUUAAGCUUCGCUUUAUCGCUCUUCGUCGAAUCUUUCUUACGAUAUCAAUGACCGAUAAAAUUUACUUUAUCCUAUAAAACGAAAUGGAUUCAAAGAUAGGAUACGAGCGAGUCCCUUCGUUUGUUACGUCGAUAUCGUAAAGACGUUCGAUGUCAGCGCGAAUAUCAGCGUCAGAUAAAAACAAAGCUUUAUCAUUCAAGUCCUACCAAUUUUUCUCCAAGCGCGCAUUACUUUUGUAUCCUUUGCAAAUAUGGGACGCUGCUUGACAAAUGAAAGUUUAUCUUUGAUCGUCUUGUAACGUUUCCUAUUCGAGAAACGUCGUGAUGGUUGUGUCCGAUAGGAAACGUUGAUCGCUGUUGAAAAAUAAUCUCGAAAGAGAUGAUAUCGUGCUUCGAGUAGAUGCCGUGCUUAAUGCUCGAUUUAAGGUCGCUACUCGACACGUAGAAAACACUGCCGCACUCGUUAACGAUGUGAUAUAAUAUAAAGCUUAGGUCCUGCCUGCUCGCUAAAAAGAAGAAGAGUACUUUCUUGUGUAACGGAGAUAGGGGAAGGACGCGUUAUUAGUCGAACGAUCGUAAAGCGAUCGAAUGCUAAUGCGCAUCGUUUCGCUUGAUAAUAAAAAAAAAAAAGAGAAAAAAAGAAAAAAAAAAAGAAAAAAAAAACAAAAUAUUAAGAGGAAGCGUCGUCGUACGGUGUUGAUUAUGCUCGCGCUUCCGACUGUUCGUUUUUGCAUAUGUUCUCUCGCGAAUCGGAGGCGCUCUUCUUUCCUUUCCUUUCCUUUCUUUCUUUCUUUCUUUUUUCUUUCUCCCCCCACCCCACCCCACCCCACCCCAACCCACCCCUCCCAAUAACCAAGGUGCUUUACAACGCAGUAAAUAAAAGAAAAAGAAAAAAAAUGGGUAACAUCGAUAGGAAAGUUAGCGCGCCACUCAUCGACGUUUGCGCUUUUAAUAAAGGAUCCUUAUACAUAGGUAUACAUGUAUAUAGAAACUAAUACAUAUGUGUGUUUAUAUCGAUAUAAUUGACAAUGAUGCUGUAUGUGUAGGUAUGCCGUAUCCUUCGAAGUACGCUCUAACGACGUGGACACGAUGAAUUAGGAAUAAAAAGAAAAUAAACGAUUUUUAUUCGUUUCUCGAGAGACACGAGAAUGUCGAAUUCUCUUUUACAUAUUCGUCUUCGAGGGAGGAGAUGAGUUCCUUCGAGAGUUCGAAACUCGUGUACUCUUUUCAUCGCGAUUAUACAGAUACUAUAAGUAUACGUAUGUAUUUACAAACAUGAGAUCUCGUUUAUGCCAUUUUUUUCUUCGUUCGCUUUGUUUCAUUCUUAAUGAUAUACAUAAAGACAUGUAUAUGUAUACAUAUUGAAGCUAUGAAAGCAAGAUGAUCGUGUCCGCUUGCUCCUUCUUCUUCUUCUUCUUCUUCUUCUUCUUCUUCUUCUUCUUCUUUUUUCGAAAUGAUAAAAAAAUAUCGCCGAGUAUGGAAACGAUAUACGAUUACGUGUGUGUAUAUAUUUCCCAGCCAUAGAAGACGAAGGAAAUGGGAGAUCAAGGUGGCAAUUUAAACAAAGUACGAGCUACUCUAUCGCGGAGAACGAUGAAACUUCGAUCGUCGUAACCCCGACGACACCUGCGUAUAAUAUAUACUAUAUAUACCUGUAUAACGUGCAUCGUGCACUCCCUUUCUUUACGUCGUCCUUAGGAAGGAUGAAACGAGCGACGAAAAAAAAAAUAAAAAAAUAAAAAAAAAAAAAAAUAAAAAAAAAGAAGAAAAAAUAUUUUAUCGAUUCGAGCAGGGACAAAGACGACGAAGAUGGAAAUCGAAUCGCUUUGACGCGAGAUGGAUCGAUGUCCGACAUUACUUGCGCGUAAUCGUCAAUGGAAUUUUCAGCAAUGAUAAACGAACAAACUCGUAACACUUGGACGUACGAUGAUCGUAUACCGUAAUAAGUCUGAUAUAUACUUUUUUAUCUCGAUUUUUGGAAAACUUUAAGGGCCGACACCCCUCGUACUCUCUGCUCUCAGCUUAGUAUCGCGAUUUUUCAUCGACCGCGCAACCUUUGAAAUUCAUUCAAACGAGUCUACGAGACUCGAAUUCCUUUGGUACAUAUUAUGUACAUCGCUAUAACACAGGCUAUCGUAUAUCGAACACUAAAAAAAAAAAAAAAAAAAAAAAAAAAGAAAAGAAGUAAAUAAAAAUAACAGAACCGACUUGUAACGAGCAGAAAUGUCGAUGUGUCGAUUAUAAGUGUGAAUCCGCGUUUCGCGUCUUAACAAUUAACGCGGUCUAAUCAAACUGAACCAAUAAUAUAAAAUAAUUUUUGAGAUUGAUAUAUACCGAUCUAUGGGACUAAGCCGAUUUAACGUCAGAACUUUUCAUACGUGAAUUUCUACGAAAAUAUCGUUCGUAUGUCUCUCAGCUCAUUCUAAUCUCUUUCUCUGUCUGUCCAUCUAUUUCUCUUUGUCACUGUUUAUCUGUGUGCGCUAAAGCGAUAAUCCUUAAGAGCUAGCAAUGUCGCAAGGAAGGAAGGAAGGAUUUUUUCUUUUCUUUUCUUUUCUUUUCUUUUCUUUUUCUUCUUUUUUAUUUUAUUCUAUGCUAUAAGCUACGUACGAGAUUUAAGGAUGGGAAAAGCAUUCUUUAAAAGCGAAGAGUCAUUGGCUUAGUGGUUUGAAGCCUUUAAAUGUUUGCUCACCGUUCGUCGUUCGACGAUCGUCUUGGUCGUACGUACGUUCGACGUACAUACGUACGUACGUACGUAACGUCGAUGACAAAUCGAUUUGGUAUGCGAAACCGCGAUACGCGACGGAGAUUGUAGACUUUGACUCGUAUGCGUGUGUAUGGCGCGAAAACUCGCCAUUUUUCUUCUAUUCCUUUUGGAUCGAUUGAGAUAGAAUAAAAUUCUUUUCUCGGUAAAAGGGAUCGAUGUGUGUAUAUAUAUAUACACACAUAUAUAUAAAGUAAGAUCUAAGAAAUUGAUUAAAAAGAAAAAACACAAAAAAAAAGAGGGAGAGAAAAAAUGUAAUAGGUAGAUAAAUUUAGAGAAAAAUCGAAAUUCGCUCUCGAAGAGCACUUAGCGUGAAAGAAAAAAAAAAAAAAAAAAAAAAAGAGAGAAAAAGAAAAAUCUUAAAAGAAUCGGCGAACGUGUAAGACCGUGCAAAUUCCCGACGAUCCAUAGCUCUGUUAAUUAAUUACGAUGAAGAUUACACGAAAUGAGGAAAUUAUUAUUAUUGCCAAUGAUAAGGAUGACGAUCGUAAUACUUUUAUCGUUAUAUCGUACCUUUUUCACUUAUAUUUCCUAAGUUGUACGUAUGUUUCUGUAAAUAUUGUAACGAAUGAUAACUACGAAGAAAAUUAUUAUCGAAGAUAUCGUGACUGAUUUAAUAUAAAACGCAAUUAUUUAUGGGAGGAUACAAGGAGAGAAAUCACAUUCUGUAGACGGAUCUUUAGUCUUCUUUAAACUUUUACACUCUACAGAUAUAAUUUUUUGUUUGUUUUCCUUUUUAUCAAAGCCAAGAUAAAAUUAAAUUCGUGCGAAGAAAAUUAAGAGCGAACGGAACUUUUCUAUGAAUUCGUCUAUAGAAUAUCGUUGUUUUUCAGAUCGGCUGAAUUUGCCGAUCCUUUUUUUUUUUUUUUUAUUAUUAUUAUUAUUUUUCGUUUACUACCUUUCAUUUUAUUCAUAAUUUUGAUAUAGCCUAGAUUUAGAUUCUUACGAGUUGUUUCUCACCGUGGAAGUGUGUUCGACCUUAAUAUCGUGACAAUACCAUUAUUUUGAGACUCGUCGCCAGUUGGUUGGGUAUUUUACCACAUGGAAAAAUGCGCAGCAGUUGAAAUAUUACAGGUAUUAUAUUCAUGUUUUUAUGUAAAUAAAUUUUUGGUAUAUUUCAA